AUUGCAUCAGGAUAUAAUUAUAAUGCCCAGAGAGAAGUCACGGUACCGAAGUCGCAGUCGCAGUGCUGGGGGCAGUAAAAAGAGUUCACAUACUGGCCACAGUAGCAAACGGCGUGACCGGUCUGUUGAAGCUAAACGUGAGCGUCAGCACAACAGAGAUAGGGAGAGGGACAGGGAGCGUGCACACUCAAGAGGGCACCAUCGAGAACGGGAGCGGGACCAGAAUCAAGACAAACGCCGGCACAAGGACCACGAACGAAGCAGGAGUCGAGGCCGUCAUGUAAGAAGUAAUAGUCGUAGCAGCAGGCGUCACAAGGAGGACAAGCGAAGGCAUCGAACACGUUCCGCGUCCAACUCAUCCUCAUCAUCAUCCUCCAGCAAUCACUCGAACCCAAACGCAGUCAAGCGAAUUUCACCCGAAAAGAAUCCAAUGAAACUGCUGCAAACGCUCGAGGAGCGUCGUCAGCGCGAGCAACAAGAACGUCAACGCCAAAAGGAGGAGCUCAAAGCCAAGGAGACGCCUGAAGAGAAACGUGCACGUCGUCUACGUGAAAAACAGGCCAAAGAGCAGCGUCGUCGCGAGCGCAUGGGCUGGGACAACGAGUACCAGCAUUACUCCAACGAGGACAACCCUUUUGGCGACUCCAACCUAACGUCCACCUUCCACUGGGGCAAAAAGCUGGAGGUGGAAGGUUUGUCGAAUCUGUCGAGCAAAACUGUGGAGGUGUUGUCGCUGCAAAAGCAGCUGGAAAAUCGGCGUGAGCUGGAGAAGGUGAAGAAGCGUCGCGUCGAGCGUGAACUGGAGAGACAGGCCCGCGAAGAUGACAUGAUGCAGCAACAGCGCGCCAAAGAAGCGGUUCAGUUCCGCGAAUGGCAACGCCAGGAGGACCAAUUUCACUUGGAACAAGCACGUCUUCGCAGUGAGAUUCGUAUUCGAGAUGGGCGCGCCAAGCCCAUAGAUCUGCUCGCUCAGUAUGUAGCUGCCGGCAAUGCGGCGCUGGAGGAUGCCCUCGAAAUGCAAAUGCACGAGCCGUACAUACUGCUUCAUGGUCUAAAUAUUGAUGAACUUGAGGAUCUCCUGGUCGACAUCAAGGUCUACGAGGAGCUGGAGCAGGGCAAGCACAUGGACUUUUGGAACGACAUGAUCAUCAUUGUCCAGGAUGAGCUGCAAAAACAGCAAAAGAUGCAGCAAAGCGACGCAAAUGUUCUAAAUCAAAGACGCGAUGGGAUCCAUCAAAGUGUGGUGAAGGAUGUGGCGGACAUAUUCCGCGGCAAAAAUGCUCAACAGCUGGAGGAGAUGCGCUCGCGGAUCGAAGCCAAAAUAGGCGGUCGUGCCGACGGCGUCGACAUUAGCUACUGGGAGAGUCUGCUGUCCCAACUAAAGGCCCACAUGGCACGCGCUCGUCUGCGGGAUCGUCACCAGCAGCUGCUACGCGAGAAGUUGCUGACAUUGAAGCGCGAGACUGAGGCGGGCAGUGAGCCACCAUCAGCAGCAGGAGCAGCAGCAAAGUCGCCCCUCACACAAAUGGAAACGGCCGCAGAUGUCAAGGAAGAGGACGAAGAGGACCAGCGUGAGGGGGAAGAAGAGCCGGCACACGAAAGCGAGGAAACCGAAAAUCCAAUGCGAGAGAUUCUCAACGCUGUGCGCCUCUACAAACUAGGAAACUAUAGUCCCACCUACAUACGCGAGGAGGAUUUCAAUGGCCGCAAAGUCGGUGCGAGCGACGACGAAGGUAACAAUAGCGAAGACAACAUCCUCUUAAGCGACGGUGAAGAUGAGCGUAGGCUGCAACGCCAGCGCCUGCUAAUUGUUCAUCCAGAGCGCGCGGACGGCGUUACGCUCACGCCACAAGAGCUUCGCAUGCGCAACGAAGCUCGCAAAGGCAUGCAGGGCGACGAAGCCGAGUUCUCCGUGGAGACUGUUCUGGACGCAGUGCCUCAACUGGCCACCGACAAGUAUCGUCCACGCAAGCCGCGCUACUUCAAUCGCGUCCACACCGGCUUUGAGUGGAACAAGUACAACCAGACGCACUACGACAUGGACAACCCACCGCCGAAAAUUGUGCAGGGCUACAAGUUCAACAUAUUCUAUCCGGAUCUAAUGGACAAGUCCCUAACGCCGCAAUACUUCCUGACCCCGUGCCCGGACAAUGGCGACUUUGCGGUGCUGCGUUUCCACACCGGUCCGCCCUACGAGGAUAUUGCCUUCAAAAUCGUCAAUCGCGAAUGGGAAUUUAGCUAUAAGAGGGGCUUCCGCUGUCAGUUCCAUAACAACAUUUUUCAGUUGUGGUUCCAUUUCAAGCGCUAUCGCUAUCGUCGUUAGUCAAUGUCUCAGCCCCUGCCGUUCCAUAAACGAAAUAAAAAAACCAUACAACAUACAUA